AUCAUGUCAGCGGGAAACAUUAGUUCUGUGAAGGAUUUUGUCAUAGUCGGCUUUCCUGGACUUCAGCCUCAUUAUUAUGGUCUCAUAUCAGCCGUUCUGUUUCUUGUUUAUGUGUUGACAUUGAUAGGAAAUGCUAUAUUUUUUACGGCAUUUGUAACAACUAAAAGCCUUCAGAGGCCUGUAUAUUAUUUCAUUAUAAAUCUAGCGGUGUGUGAUGUACUAUUUAGCACCACAACAUUACCAAAGAUAAUCAGCAGGUACUGGUUUCAAGAUGGAACUAUUUCAUUCCUGGGUUGUUUUGUUCAGAUGUUCUUUGUGCAUUAUUUAGGAGGUGCGUGUUCAAAUGUUUUAAUGAUAAUGGCUAUGGAUCGAUACGCAGCGAUUUGUUAUCCACUUCAAUAUCACAGUAUCAUGACAAACCAAAAUGUAUUCAUUUUGAUCCUUGGCUCUUGGAUUUUGAGUUUAGCCGGGCCCUUAAUGAUAGUCAGUCGAGCUUACCCUCUCCCUUACUGUGCAGAAAACACACUUAUACACUGUUACUGUGAUCAUGUCUCUGUUACAACACUGGCAUGCACAGACAGAUCACUAUAUAGUAUUCCAGCUCUCAUCUAUGCCUUUACAAUACUGUUGGUGCCCUUUGCUGUUAUUAUAUUCUCUUACUGUUCUAUCUUUGUAGCAGUUAUGCGGAUUUCAGGUACUCAAGGAAAGAUGAAGACUUUCUCUACCUGCAGUCCUCAGCUUAUCAUAAUUGUUCUCUUUUUCCUACCCAGGUUGUUUAAUUAUUUGUCUGGAAACAUUGGUAUCAAGUUCAGCACUGAUUUGUGCUUAGUAAUCAUUAUGAUGUAUAGCUUGUUGCCGCCAAUGAUCAACCCCCUUAUUUACUGUUUGAGAACAGAAGAGGUCAAAAAGUUACUCAGUAGACAUCUUCCAAAGAAACAAGUUGGUAUUCCUUUACGAUCGAUCUGA